UGCGACUUUGAAGGCUGUACCAAGACAUUUACACGUACUUAUAACCUAAAAUCACAUAAACGAACACAUACGGACGAAAAGCCAUUUGAAUGUAGUAUAUGCUUUAAAACAUUUGCAAGACAACAUGAUAGAAAUAGACACGCCAAGUUACAUUUGGGCCUGAGGCCCUUUUCAUGCCAAUACUGCAAUAAAUCAUUUGCUAGACAAGAUGCUCUCAACCGUCAU